AUGAAUAAAUUAGUCUUGUUUGUAGGAAACGGGCAAGGUUUCACCUUUCCUUGUGAUGCUAACUUGUGCCCGCAUAAGGAGGGGAAGACGAAGAGUGGGUUGGCAUGCCACCUCGUCCGUAUCAAGACGGAGGGGACUGCACGUUUUGUCUGUAUAGAGCCAGUCGGUGGGGCCUUUGGGGAGGGGAAGAAUGCUUCUAUUCGUCCCCUCGUGUGCGGCAAAAGGUGGUUUGCGUCGGCACCCACCCGCGCCGUCCCUGUUUUUAGUGCAAUGACGAGUCCAGUCGUGUCAUCAAGCGCCACGACUGGCUGUCUUGACUCAUUCUGCGCAAAACCUGUCAACUCGGCAAACUCCGGUGGCACUGUCGUCCGGUUCGCAUCGGCGAGGCACCGGCCGCCAGACCGAGGAGGACAACAAAGCCGGUCGUUAGGGCCACCGUUUUCCGUGUGGCUUUGCACACCUUCCUGGCCAAGAAGUCUGGCAACGCGAGGUUUAAACCGACCCGUCGCUCGGGGCCUCGGACCAACUGGAUCCCUCGUGCCCCCACAUCGGUCCCUUGGAGCGCUUGAGCCGAUUGCACAGACGCGUCACGCCGGACACUUACGUACAAAAGUGCAUCGGCCCAAACGGACAAGCGUGAAGCAAAGCAGAUGGGACAGAAGUUCUGCGCUUGAGGCCUCUGAAAGCGUUGCUAGGGCCAGCGGCUACGGGACUUGCUUGUGCAAACGCCAAUCUUCGCGUUGCCGGCACGCAUUGCCCUUGACACCGGAAGGUGCCCAGCUUCUGAAGGUGCUGGAGCCUCGUUUGCGCGGCCUCGAGUGGGGACGCCGUGUGCAAACC